GUGAAGGGAGCUCGAUGCAUUUCAAAUUCCAAGUUUAAUAUUAUAUAGGAACAUUGUGGUUAAUCAGUUGUUUGUGUUUACAACUUCAAAGCGUUUUAGUUAUACGACAAUUGACGCGUAAUUCACACGUGUGUUUAAAAUAAUAAUGAAUGCAGAAGUCGUCGUUGAUGAAUUUAAUGCAUUGAAUAAUGUUACUGCUUUUACGGACAUUUCCUAUGAAAUUAAAGGAAGAUCAUGGUUUAAGAAAAAUCAACAAAAACAGACGAUACUCAAUGGUGCAGUUGGUGCGAUACGACCAGGUCGAUUGACAUACAUCCUGGGACCUUCAGGAGCCGGCAAAACAUCUCUGCUCAAAAUAUUGGCCGGAAGGAAGAAAACCGGUGUAUCUGGAACAGUCGUCGGAGCAGGAAGUGAUAUAGUAUUAGUCCAACAACAUGCUACCCUCAUCGAUACCUUGACGGCAAAGGAAACCCUCUUAUUUGCAGCCGCUUUAAAACUACCCAACGCCACUCGUUAUGAACGGAACUAUAUUAUAGAAACAGUAACAAAACAACUGGGCAUCAAUGACAUUUGUAAUACUAGAGCAGGCAAACUUUCUGGUGGUGAACGAAAACGACUAAAUAUAGCUUGUGAGCUGCUUACAAAUCCACAUAUAAUGUUACUGGAUGAACCUACAAGUGGUCUGGACUCAGUAUCUUCAAUGUCAGUAGCUCAAUCUUUACGAGCAGUAACAAACGCUGGGCAUACAGUCGCCUGUGUUAUUCAUCAGCCUUCCUCCCAACUGUUCGCAUCCGGUGAUGAUGUCAUCCUCCUAGCAGCUGGAAGGACGUUGUAUGCCGGCGCCAUAUCUGAUCUACCCGAGAGCUUGAAUAGAGCCGGUUUCCUGUGUCCGCAUUAUUAUAAUUUAGCCGAUUUUAUUUUAGAAAUAGCAAGUGGAGAGCAUAAUGGCAACACGGACAUUUUGGAGAUGGAAGCAAAAGUAUAUGCAUUGGAAAUGAAAAAAAUUGCCGAAGAGAGUGUUCAACAAACGAAUGGGAAAGAUAAGUCACCAGAAUCAGUGGCACUGUUAAAUACGAAUUCGUCGUUUGAGAGCAAAGGAUAUUUAGCUGGGUUUAGUCAGCAAAUGAGGGCAUUGCUGUGGCGAGGUUACCUUGGAGCAUUACGUGAUGUGCAUUUAACACAGAUUCGAUUAGUGACACAUUUCCUUGUAGCGCUUCUAUUGGGUGCGCUCUACAAUGGUUCAGGACAAGAUGGCGGGCGAACGGUUUCAAAUACGGGCUGUCUAUUUUUCUUUCUUCUUUUCCUGUAUUUCUCCAAUGCAAUGCCUACAAUACAUAGGUUUCCAGUGGAAGCAUCGGUAAUCCUACAAGAACAUUUGAACAAAUGGUAUUGUUUAUCGACGUACUGUGCGACUAAGAUCAUAGUCGAUUUUCCUAUUCAGUUGUUAUGUGCAACGGUGUUCGUAUUCCCGGCUUGGUACCUGACGUCUCAGCCCUUGGAAGUCGAUCGUUUGGGCCUUGCGUGGUUAAUAUGCAUACUGGUUACCAUAUUGGCGCAAACAUUCGGCCUCGUGAUUGGCGCAGCUUGUGAUGUUGAGUUGGGCCUCUUCGUGAUACCAGCAGCGAACAUUCCAAUGCUGAUGUUUUCAGAAUUCUUCAUACCAUACAAAGAAAUGCCGUCAUAUCUCCAACCAUUCGCACUAAUUUCGUAUUUCCGUUACGCGUUCGACGCGUUUAUGCAGACCGUAUACGGUUUCGGUCGGUCGAAAUUACCCUGUUAUAAAAUAAUCUGUUUAUUCCGAGACCCGAAAUAUUAUCUCAAUUAUUUGGGUUUGACCGGAAAUUUUGUUAAUGACGUCUUAGCUCUUAUAGUUUGGACACUGAUACUACAGUCCGCUUUAAUAUGCGUUUUGAAAUAUCGAGUUUAUAAAGCAUGUAAAUAGAUAUUUUGAUAUAGAUAGAUAUAAAAAUUAUUUAUACAAAUGUAUUUAGCUUAUCUAUAAUUAGUUAUUUCUAUAGAUAUUGUUAUAUAGAAAUAAUUAUUGAUAAGCUUAAUAUAACAGUUUUAAAAAAAAUAUAUGAAACAAUUUUAGCUAAAGGGAACAUUUUUGACUAAUACAUUAAGCUGUGAGUUUAAAAUAAGUACAAGAGUAUAAAUUCAUGUUAAUGCUUAGCUGGUUUACGUUUUUGGAUAAUGUUUUUAACCUUAGCCUUAGAGCAUACAUAACUAAGGCAAAGGAAAUUAAUGAAAAUCGGAAACACAUCUGCCCAAUGUUUCACGACAUAUUUCUGCAAAUGAUUUAUAAAUUCAGAAUAAAUUCGUUGUACUAUUAUCUAAUCUCUCAUCGUAAAAUUUUAAUUACGAACGCUGAUGACUCUAACUUUAGAAACCUAUUAAAUAUCAAAAUUCAAGAACAAACUACUUUGCCAAUGGAAACAAUAGAAGAAUACUAAUUAUUGAUUACAAUAUAAUAGUGGUAUCUUUAAGGAGUUUCCAUUGUUAUUGAAUAUACCAAUGUAUGACAUAACUAGUAUGAAACUAGGUAUUAAAACCUCGUUUCUCAAUUAAAAAUUCUCGUUUGUUAAUAAUCCACAACUUGUAGCAGUUGCAUAAGUUUCUAUUAUGCGACGGUAGUUUUAAUUAAGGAAUAUAAGAAAAAGACAUUUAUUUAUUUGAAAAUGCGAUUUUACCAGAUCAAAGCAUAAUACCUGUUAUUGAUAAUUUUAGUUAUAAGAAUUGUAUGCGUCCGUUAAAAUUGUUUAUGAUAAUUUUUUGAGAAAACAAUGGAGUCGGGCUAAGAAUUAUUUAGGUGAUAUAAGAUGAAUAACUUUCUAUACACUUAAGUAGAAUUCGGAGGGGGUUGGUACUUGGUUCGAUUUAAGAAGAAAAACAACUAUUUCCGGUUUGCAGGCCCAGAAAGCUACAUCCCUAAAAAGCAAUUAAUAAUAAAACUAAACUGGGAUUAAAAUCUUUUUUAAAUACGUAAUUAGAUAUUAAUCUUAUUGUUAAUCUGUGAUAUUAAUAGAAUACUGAUUUAUGGUUAUGGAAAUAAUGAUAAGGUUUCCUUCUGUUUGUAAUACUUAAAACUAAAUACAGGUCACAGUAGUGUUCAGAUUUGCUGUGUGUUGUUUAAUAAAUUUUAUGACAAAAGAAUCUCUU